AUGCUUACUGAGGAGAACGAACAGCUGGAACGUGGCUUAAGCAUACUGAAGCUCUUAGAAGUAGUACAGCUUCCCAGAGGUCUCUCUGAGUGGGCUGGAGCGUGGCCGCGGCUGCUCGCUCCAGACGGCCACACUGUGGCAGAGGAGGAGCUUGAGGCGCUGAGGAAGCACAGGCGGGCCGAGCUGCAGGCGAAGCACGGGGACCCUGGCGAUGUAGCACAACAGGAAGCAAAGCAUAGGGAAGCAGAAAUGAGAAACAGUAUCUUAGCCCAAGUUCUGGAUCCAUCUGCCCGGGCCCGAUUAAGUAACUUAGCACUUGUAAAGCCUGAGAAAACUAAAACAGUAGAGAAUUACCUUAUACAGAUAGCACGGUAUGGACAACUAAGUGGCAAGGUAUCAGAACAAGGUUUAAUAGAAAUCCUCGAAAAAGUAAACCAACAAACAGAAAAGAAAACAACAGUUAAAUUCAACAGAAGAAAAGUAAUGGACUCUGAUGAAGAUGACGAUUAUUGAAUUUAAGACGUCUAGACACUGGGACUUAAUGGAGCAAUUUUAGGACAGA